UGAUCUUCUCAAAAAUCUCUCAAAUCCAAAGCUCUCUAUAAUCUUCAGCAAUAUCCCAUUUCGACUUCGAUAUCAAAUCUCUCAUGGAUUGCAGGCCGUUUGAGAUAACGCUUUUCGGCGCCAAUGACAUCAAGGACGUCAACACCUUCUCCAAGAUGGACGUAUACGCCGUCGUCUCCGUCGCCGGCGCCGCCGUCAAGAAGCAGAAGCUCCGCACCCCCGUCCACAAAGAUGGCGGCACCAACCCCAAAUGGAACCACACCCUCAAGUUCACCCUCGACGACGCCGCCCUCCUCUCCGACCGCCUCAAGAUCAAGAUCAAGCUCAUAUCCGACCGCACCGUCGGCGAUACCGUCAUCGGAAAAGCCGUGAUUCCGGCCAAGGAUCUCAUGCAAAGCGAAAAGGCGAAUCACGAGAAACCCGUGACCUACCCGAUCGUGACUCCCAAGGGGAGGACUAAGGGCAGCGUGAGUUUCGGCUACAAAUUCGGCGAGAAAUUCUCGGCGCCUAUACAGGCUCAGCCUCAGGUCCAGAAAAAGGCCCAUGAACCCGUCAUGGCGUACCCGGCGGGCCACGCCGGGUCGAGCUCGGUUUACCCGCCACCCGGGGUGACCCAGCCGGUUUAUCAUCCUUACCCGCCACAGCCGCAACCGGGUUAUGGGUACCCGCCGCAGCAGCAGCCGGGUUACGGGUACGGGCCGCCGCCGCAGGCCGGGUACGGGUACCCGCCGGUUGUGCAGCCGGGUUAUGGGUACGCGCAGAAGCCUAAGAGAGGAGGAGGGAACAUGGCGCUAGGGUUGGGAGCUGGGUUGUUGGGUGGUUUGUUGAUCGGAGAUAUGGUUUCCGAUGUGGGUGAGAUGGGGGCGUAUGAUGCUGGGUGUGAUGAUGGGUUUGGUGACGGGUUUGAUUUCUAGAACUGGGGGGAAGUUUUUAUUAGUUUGAUUGGUUUUUUAUGUUCUAGUAGAUUAGUUUUUGCUAUGAGUAUGUAAAUGGAAGAAAAGCGUUUGAGGGUUCUGUUAUUAUGGCUCUCAAUAAAUCAAUGGAGGUCUAAUUGUACC